AUCUGGUUCUUGGGAAGAGAAACACAUCCAGAGUUGUUGUGGUGUGGCUGAGUGAGAGAGAUGUCAGCUUCCCACACAGCCCAGGGCCUGUCUCCCACCUUUCCUGGUGGCAGCAGUGGCAGGUGUAGCUCUGCCUAAAGCCAGCUUUUAGACCAGCUGGGGCAGGGGGAGAAAGAAGAGGAGAAAUAACUUCCCUCAGCCUCUCUCCCAGCUGGAUUGCAUCCCUGAAGGCACAGAGCAGCAUAGCCAAGGAAUUCUUUCCUCUAACAGAAAGCCCAGGCGUGAAUCCAUGUGAGGAUCAGAGUAAGAGAAAACAGUCUGUCUCCCACAUGCUCACAGCCUGACGGCCUCUCUUCCAGUGUCUUCCUGCUGUCACAGCAGCAGGGGACACGGUGACUCCCCUGCAGCCAGGAUGGGUGUGACAGCUUGGGGCAGGAGGGUGGUUGAGAGCUGGGUAGCCGCAUGGGAGCAGGCAGGGAGGGAUGGAUGGAAGGAGAAGGCAGGCAGAUGGGCCACUGCCUCUCACUUGGCCCUGGGCCUGGUCCCUGUCCCGGGGCUGGCUGAGGAACAGCAUCUUCCUCUGCUCCUCCUUGUUUGAGACCCAGAGCUGCUGCACCCCUGCCCCUUCCCCGGGCCUCUCCUGCUGGCUUUCUCCUGCUGCAGGCAUCUGAUCUUCUGAGUGUGAAGGACUAUUUGGGAGAGUCUGAUCCUACAUUCCUCCUGCCUGAGGUCUCUCAGAUAGCUCCAGCCAGUACAGUCACUUUAAAAUGCAAAACAGAAAAAAUCUGCUGGAGUUUGCCAAGGACUGAAGCAUCCCGUUUGCCUCAGGAGAUGCUAAUGCUGGUGGUUUCACUGCUCAGUGACUCUGCAGUAUCUUCUGCUGUCCUGCACGCUGCAGAGAGCAGUGAGGAGCCCAGGAGCUGGGGGACAGGGACCUGCAGGUGGAGCAAGGGGAUUUCAUUCAUCCAGGGGAGACAGUGGGGCAUGGUGAGGUGACUUUUCAUGCAGGCUGGGGAAGAAACCUUUCUCUUUAAUAGCUCAACCAUUCAUGCCUUGAAAAGGAAGCUGUGCUCGAUGAGCCAUCCUCCCGUGAGCAGCUGGAUUUCCCAGGGCUGGGUGCAGCCAAGGGCAAAUGAUCACUGGGGAGGGCAUGUCUGCAGGCUCCAAGGCUUUGUGCUGGGAGAAACAGGAAGAAAUGGCAGGGAAAAGGGCACCAGUGCCUGCAGUACCUUCAGAACAAGCUUGGAAAGUUGCUCAGUGCUGCCUGGAAUCCUGGGCUGAGCUACAGGCACAGGGCAGGAAACAAUUCCAGCUGGGGUCUUUUUCACCUUUUUCCACCAGCUUGUGGGAACAUGCUGGAGAAAUGCCACCCGCCUGCAUGUCUCCUCCAGGCUGGAGAUGUCCCCUCGGGCUCUUUGCCCAGCCCAGGCUGUGGGAUGUAAUUGCUCAUUGGGAAAAUUUUGGGGAUUCUGAGCUGUAAUUGCCCAAAGCAUCUGCUGCCCUUUGAGCCCAGGUUGGGGCCCAGGCCAUGCCAGCCCAGCAGACAUGCCCAUGCUCUGUUGACAAGGAUUGAUUGCACAACCAGUCCUCUCAUGUAGCUGCCACCAGGAAAUUCCCCAGCAUAGCAAUAGUGGAAAAACAUGGAGUUAUAAUAGUGUCGUGUAAUUCAGCUGGUUAAAUAAAUAACAACCUGUGUGGGAACUGAGAGUGAUUUCUAUUCCAUACUCUUUCCAAAGCAGAAUUGCUAUUAGAGGCUUCUAUUUUUAAGUACUUUUCUCAAGCACCUCCCAUGAAUUUUUCAUUCCUUCAGCCUGCUGCAGCUCAGAUCCUCCUCCAGAAAACCCUCCUACUUUUCCCCUGUGGGGAAAGCCUUACCUGAUGACUAUAUCUUUCAAAGCGUAACCCUGAUUCUCAUUAAUCAUUUCUCCAGAAAAGUGGUUUUUUGCUAGUGGUGUUGCUUUUGGGUAGGUCUUGUCCUGGGUUGAGACGUCUUGUGCUGAAGGUUUGUAGUUUAAAGACACACUACCCUUAGGAGCUGGUCUCCUUCAAGCAAUGGCUCUGUCACAGCAGGAUGUUACCCAUGGAGGAGGAUCAAACCAUGAAUAUUAACAGCCUGCUUCUACCCGGAUUAAUGGGAUGGUUGAACGUGCUCCUGGCAGCUGCCUACAGUCAGGAAAGCCAGGAUGAUGCAGCUCUGGAUGUCCUACCUAGCCUGAGGCCCUGAAACUUGAGAGAUCAAACAGAACCAGGACCCCAGCAGCAUCACACCUGCCUUUACAGGCAGCUCCUGCCCCACAUCCCACUCCAGGCAGGUGCUGUGCUGACAGACACCCCUUCUCCCCACUGAGCUUCAGCUCAGGGUGGUGGGAAGAGGGUCUGAAAUGCAGAAACACAAUGAAAAAACAACUUUAUUUGCCCACAUGUUGUUUUAUACACCACAGAGCUUGCCCAGCACAUACAACUACCACUCUUGGGUAUGCCCCAGGGGCUUGUGCCUAAACAAACUGUGCUUCUUGAUCACUCCAUUCAAUUUAAAUUUGUGCCAGUUGAUGGUGCAAGUUGCCCAGGGCUCCCUGCCAGUGCUUGAGUAAAGCUGAGGAGGAGAAAGUAUUUUCUGGGAAACAGGAGAAGUCCUGGCUUGUCUGCAGGUGGUACCAAGCUUGUGUGUAGUCCUGCUGCUCAGUGAGGUGUGCUGGUUGCCUUGGGAGGGGAAGAGGGUGCAUGAGGGAAAAAGGUCUCCUGCCAAAGAGCCCGUGGGCUGGAUCCUCAGCUGGUAAAAACUGGAGAGGCUCCAUGGAGUGCAUGAUGUGUUGCUGAAGGGUCUGGCUGCCUGCCCUACCCCCAGGCUCCUGGGAGCCUCCCAGCUCCAAGGAGAUGUGAGUGGGGUUGGAUGCAGGUUGGUGGCAAAGCUGUUCUGGGACCUGGGAUGAACAUCCCAGACCUUACCCCAGUGUUUGCAUCCACCUGGCUGCUGCGUGUCCUGGUGUCCUCAUUCCCACUUCCAUGGAAGCAGCCUGAUGGAGACAUUCCAUCUCUGACUGCAGAGCUCCAUGCCAGGCUGUGCUGGGACUUGUUCUGCAGUAGCCCUUGAUGCCAAGUUGGUGGUGACCACCUGUGAGUACCUCUUUCUGGAAACCAAGCAUCUGGGGUCUCCAAAGGCUCUCGGGACACUCGGGUGUCACGAGGCUGAGCCAGGGCAUCGUGAGGAGCCUGUGGCAACCCUGGGUCUGCAGCAUCAGGGCAGAGCAGCCAAGGCCAGGGAGAUUCAGAGGCAAAUGCAAAUAAUUUGCAGAUCUUUGUGCUGGGAGGGGGAGAUCAUGUGCUUGAAGGGUCUUUCUGGCUCUGAGCUCUGCCCUGCCAGGUUGGGAGCAGUGCCGUUUGCUGGGAAUACCGGGUACAACAGGGUCUGUAGCAAUGGCAGCAGAGCCUGGUCCUGGGCUGAGUGCAGUGCUCACGUUUGGUUGCUCUGGACUCUGUUGGAAAAAACAGGGUUCGUUUGGCAAUAAAAAAGUUUAAAAGCCCUGAAGAACAAAAUUGAGUCAUAGAUAGAAUCAUAGGACCAUAGAAUGGUUUGGGUUAGAAGGGACCUUAAAAAUCCUCAAGUUCCAAUGCUCCUGCAUGAGCAGGGACACCUCCCACUAGACUAGUCCUAGAGGCACUAGUGCUUUGGUGGAUGGUCUUGUAAAUGACAAACUGUUGUACUCUGUUCAUUGGUUUUGGGGCUAGAUGUAGCCUGAAAGAGAUUUUUUUAUUUGAAUGUAUCAAUUAUAAAAAUGCUCACAUCCUCAAAGCCUUCAUUUUCCACUCAGUCUCCAGGAGUUUCCAUUUGCCUGAAACAAGUUUGUUGUUAGUUUGUUGUGUGUGGGGUUUUUUUCUGUGUCAAGGAACCGAACCCCAAAUCCAGCCCUUCAGCACUAACAACCCGGAGAGGUCUCAGCCCCCCCGGCUGGCGGGAGGUUUGUUGCUGCCAGCAGCGGGGCCAGGGCUGGGGAAGAAGGAGUUAAAGGUUUGCGUUGGAAGAGCAGCCCAGCUGCCUGCAGAGGCUUGGAGCCCACUCUUUCUUCACCACUGUCUGAUGGCUGGGGAGAGCCAGCUCCAAAUUGAAAUGCCACUUUCUAAACAGGACAAAAUUACAGCCCGACUGCCCUGAUUCACCCUCUCCGAGCAAGGCAGGACGAGCUGCGUGACGGGCCAGGCAGGCUGCUGCUCAUUUCUAUUUGCAGGUUUGGGGCUUUGCAGUCCACGACCUGCCUGGUUCUGCUUCCAGGCUGGUCCGUCCAGGAGCUGCUCUCCCAGCCGGGGUGUGCGGGGGCAGCCCAGGCCCCCGGGUGAUGGGUGCUGGUGGGGCAAGGGACAGCUCUGUCCCCUGUGUCCCAUCCCUCGGCAGGUGGCUGCGCAGGGGAGGGCUGAGCUGCCUCUGUCACUGAGCGCUGAGCCCGCACUGGGCGGGACUGGGUUGUACUGGGAGCGCUGCCACGGAGCGGGGGGGCUGUGAGAUCGGGGACGGAGAGAAAACAGGAGCAAAGGACUGGAUGCAGCUGAGAGCCCUCUCACAGCCCAGGAGAUCUCUGCUGGCUCUGACUGCUGCAGGCGACCGAGCGGCACCUUCCCCCGAAGUGAUGGAAAACGAGGUGUUUCUGUCAUUUACGUUCUACAGCACAAUCUUGAUCAUCAAAAUGUAUAUCGUUGCCAUCAUUACGGGACAAGUGAGACUCAGAAAGAAGGCGUUUGCCAACCCGGAGGAUGCGCUGCGUAACGGGGGGCUGCAGUACCACCGGGAGGACCCCGACGUGGAGCGCUGCCGCAGAGCCCACCGCAAUGACAUGGAGAACAUCUUUCCCUUCCUCUUCCUUGGAGCCAUCUACUCCCUGCUGGGUCCCAGUCCCACAGUGGCCAGGAUCCACUUCUUCAUCUUCUGCGUGGGGCGCAUCGUCCACACCAUCGCCUACCUGCUGCAGCUGAAGGCUCCCACGCGCUCCGUGGCCUAUGGCGUGGCUCAGCUGCCCUGCUUCUCCAUGGCCCUGCAGAUCCUCCUGGCCACCACCCCGUACUGGUAACACCCAGUGAGACCCACCAUCCAAACCCCCUUCGUCCUGAGCUCUGCUGGUUUCCCCGGCUGGACCGGGUGUGCGUGUGCAAGUGUGUGUGUGGGCACAUGGUGUGUUGCCAGGGAAGGUUUCUGCGCCUCAAGGGUGUUCAGUGCAGCCUUGGUGAAGUCCAUGUGCUGUUGAAAUUGGGCAGGGAAGUCACCAGAGAGAAGGAGAACAGCUCCCUGUGGAGUGGGAAGGGGAUGCAGAGGCAGGUUGCUCUCACUUUCGCUAAGGGUGGGAGGGGGAAAGCACCCAGACUGCCCCUUGAGAAAGGGGUUCAUUGAAGGAAGGAGGGGGUUCACUGAGGGAAGGAAGAAGGUUUUCUGGCUCAACUGCAUUUGGAAUUGGGAAGGGGAAGAUGUGCUCUUUCCUCUUGGUCACAAAUACCCCAAGAAUCAGAAAGGGAAGAUCAUGGGGGUCCCAUGAAGUCUGUUGGGGGGCGGUAGCAGAGGGGGGUUACAAAACCACCCUCCUCCUGCCCAGCUGUGCGGGUCUGUGGGGUGGGAGGUCCCUUAGGUUCCCUCUCCUGCGAGGAGGCCAGGAGGCAGGUGCCUGCCAGGCACUGUGGUGUGGAAGUCACAGGCUCAGGGGUGACAUUGUGAGGCCACCAAAGUGUUUGAUGCUCCCAGCUCCACCUCCACUGAUGCCACGGGACGCAGCUCCCUGCGGGGUCCCUCGCUGCAGGCAGGAGCCUGCCUGGCCCACCAAGGACAUUCCACAGCUGGCAUUCAACAGCUCCAGACCAGCAGCAGCCAGGCCUUUUCCAUCUCAGUCUGACCAUGGCAAGAUGCAGAGAGACAUGUCUGGAGCAGCCAGCAGGAACCCCUUACCCUGUAGAGAGCCGGACACGAAGCUCUGGGAUUUCUGGAAAGAACUGAGAUGCUCACACAGGACUGGGGGGUUGCAGUUUCAGACAGAGCUUUCUCCCAGGGGUGGUGUCUACGUUCACAUGUCACUGAAAAGCCUCCCAGAGCAGCAGACUGAAUUUCUCCCUCUCAGCUUGUAGCCUUUCCCCGGCUGCAGAAGGGCCGUUGCUAUUUGGGGAAUGUGCCGGGAGCGCUCGGGGGGUGUUCUCUUUCAGCUGUUUCCUGCUGUCCUCGCUGCCCAGCCGCGCUGCCUGGAUUAGCUGGUGUGUGCAGAAAGCUCUGGGAACGAGCAGAGUGGCUUUGAACUGUCCCACGGGAGAAAACUGCUGCUUUUGCAGUGUGCCUGGGACCAGGGGAUCGCAGGGUGACAAACCCUCCUGAGCUGCUGUGCCACACAGCUGUCCCAAAGCACCAAGGGCUGGUCCAGGGCACAGCCACACACAACGGAGCAUCCCUGUGGAGGACAAGGCAGGACGAAGCCUCUGCUGUUCAGUGCCUCCUCCCUCCUCUGAGGACGAUGCAAAUGUUUACUAAGAUCAUAAGAAGAAACCAGAACGAGCCAAAAAUAAAUUCCCCUUCCACCUCUCCUAAGCACUGAAGCUGUUCCCUGAACCCCUCUGACCUCAGAGAUGCUCUUCCUGAGACCUCACUGAGCACCUGCGUGCACGAAGCACAGGGUGAAACACCAGCUCAGGCUGAUGCCCUGAGCCCUUCCCCAGCUUGGGCAGCAGCUUCUGUACCAGGAAGCCCUGACCCUGCUGGGCAAAGCUGUUUGGUGAGGCUUGGAGCAGAGGCCCUUCCUGCCUGUGGAAGGGGAGGUGGGCAGGACUGCAGGUUCAGCAGUUUGCUCUUGGCCACUUCUCAUUUACACAGCCCCAACAGAUGUCUGGGCUCCUCACAUAUUGCAGAAGGUCUCAGACCCCUGUACAUUUCUCUGCUGCUGCACAUGCAUCCUGGUGGCAGGAAGCAAAUAUUCCCAAUAAAAACAAAUCAUUGUGCUCUGAUACAUCCUUCCUUCAGGAGCAGCAGAUACAGCUGGGCAGCAGCUGGGCCCAGCCCCAGCAGGAUGGCUCCCCAGCUGCAAAGUGCUCUGCUAAACCCUGUUGCAGGGCCUGGAGUGCCCUGAGACUCCUAAAGAGCCAUCCCUUUCCUCUGGAAUCACCUGGUCUGCAGAGGAAGCUCUUUUCCAGGUGUGGAUUAUUUGUGCUGAUCCUUUAAAUUCAGCAGAGCUGGGCCCCUGCUCCACUUUCCUUCCCAGGGGAUUAGGUUGCUACAAAGCUUGGAGUUCACCCAAGCCUCCUCCAUCCCAGCUUCCCCCAAAGCAUGAAGUGGGGUGAGAUGUUUGUCCCAGCUCUUCACAACCUGGUGCUACAGAGCCAAGCUGGCACUUAAAUCCUGGAGGACUGCAGAAGCUCAGGUAUAGUGUGGUUGGUCUCAUGUCUGUGCUUAUGACUUCCAAAGCAGCUACCUGUACUUU